GGCCAGGCCCCAGAGGAGCCCUGCAGGGCCGAGACCCCUGCUGUCCACGAUGCCCUGAGCAGGCACUGAGCGGGGCCCAGGGUCACAAUCCUGCGCCCUGCCCCUCUUCAGCACUGGAGGAAACCCACAGACAGCUGGGGGCUCCGCUGACAGCUCCAGUUUACAGGGAAGCUCAACUGGGGAGGCUGGGGCAUCCCUGCCCCGGCUGGCACCUGGGUGGGUGUAGGGAGGAGUGGUUCGGCAGGUGCUCUGGCCCCCCCAGCUUUCCCUCUAGGUCUCCUGGUUGUAGGGGGCCUUCCCUAACAAUGGGGCUCAGUGAAGCCUCGGGUCUGUCCAGCCCCUUCCUCUGGUUGCUAAGGGGAGACCCCUAGCAACAGUGGGGUUUCAGGAGCCUCAGAGCCACCCAGAGCUGCCUGCCCAGACGUCGGCAUGCAAAGGAAAGGGCCUCUCCUAAGAGGCCCCCAGAUUCCCCGCAGAACCCCGGGGCCAUAGAGACCCCAGGCCCCAGGCCCUUUCCAGGUCAGCCCCACCCCCAGGUGGCUAAGGAGGCUCUUCUGAAGCCCGCGACCGCCCAGUGCCUCUUCCCCUGGUCGCUAAAGAAGCACCCCAGCACAGCUGGCAGCGCCCUUCCCACCUCCCUUGCUGGGGGGCUGCCCAGCAACAGAACUCAGAAUCUUGGGGGUGCAGCGGGGCGGGGCGGUCGCCAGGGUGAUGUCCUCAAGGCCUCUGCCCACAGACGCCUCAGAGCUCAGGGCAGGCGACAUGGUGGGCCCUGGGAUCCCAGCGCUGGGCCUGAUCCUGCUACUGCAGGGCUCAGCAGACGGCAAUGGAAUCCAGGGAUUCUUCUACCCAUGGAGCUGUGAGGGUGAUGUGUGGGACCGGGAGAGCUGCGGGGGCCAGGCGGCCAUCGAGAACCCCAACCUCUGCCUGCGUCUACGCUGCUGCUACCGCGACGGCGUGUGCUACCACCAGAGGCCGGAUGAAAACAUGCGGAGGAAGCACAUGUGGGCGCUGGGCUGGACGUGCGGGUUCCUGAAGAGCAAGUGCGACUUGUCCAGGACGGUCUCGCUGCUGUCCAAGGACCGAGGGACGAGUGUGGGCAAGAAGACGCCGUCCAUGGGCAGCGUUCCGGCCUCCAUGCACACGGAGAACCUGGAUGUCUCGGGGGGCACCGAGGGGGAGGGGACGGAAGGGGGGGAGGACACGGAGGGGGGGGAGGAGGAGGACUAGGGCCCGGAGCCUCAAUACAGGCACAGCGUGCAGUCGCGUGGGCUCUUCCUGCCGCCGUGCAGCAGGAGGGGACGGUGGGCGUGAGUGUGCACUGGCUGUGCUCAUGGGGGUGUGAGCUGAGGGUGUCCAGGAGGGCAGGCCUGAUGCGAGGACACGGGGUGGGGUGAGGCAGGCAUGGGCUAGGGUGCCCUGCUGGUUGGUGCCCUUGUUCCCAGCCGAGCACGGAGGGCCCCGCCCCUGUGCGUGCCUUGCAGCCUGGUUGGCACCAUGCAGGCCUCUGCUUGGGGGUCCGGGGCCUCCUCGGUGAUGGUGUGGGCCCCCAGACUCCUCACUGGCCAGCUGAAGCCUUCCUGGAGAGGGCUGAGGUCCGAGACUCGAGGCCCACAGUCCGUCCCUCCCCUCUCCUGCAGGCGCCCACCUGCACUGGCCCACCCCUGUACCCCAUAACCAUCUGGCAAGUCCAUCGUGUCCCUGGAAGACCCAGGGGCUGAGGGAGGGCUGGGCUGGAGACCCUGGCGGGCAGCAGGCAGCUUCCCCGCCCUGCCCAAGCGCAACCCGCUCCCAGACAGACACUCAGAGCGCCAAGAGGCAGGGCCAUUUAUCCAAGGGCAGACAGAGGGGGCUGGGCAGGACUCCUGG